UAACUUUCAGGAUUAUAAAUAAACUACGUUUAAAUGAAUGAUAGUAACUGACUGUCCGUUUAUAAUAAAAAAUUGACAAUGUGAUUUUACAACGUCUUACAGUGUAAAUUAACUUUUUUAUUCAUAAUCGGCAGUUUUACAGUGUAACUGAUUUCAGUAAAAAAUCUUUUAAUUAAUUUCGCCAGGGAUAUAUAAUGGCUAUUGAUAGGUAAUUUUUAGGGUUUCGUGGCCCAUGGCCGAAAGCCUUAUAGUUUUACUUUGGCGUCCGUCUGUCCGUAGUAUAUUUUGGGGCACCACAGCUCCCAAAAUCAAAUUUUAGGGCACAGAUCCCAAAUUAAACUUUUGGGGCACCACAGAUCCCAAAUUCAAAUUUUGGGGCCCCACAGAUCCCAAAUUAAACUUUUGGGGCACCACAGAUCCCAAAUUCAAAUUUUGGGGCCCCACAGAUCCCAAAUUAAACUUUUGGGGCACCACAGAUCCCAAAUUCAAAUUUUGGGGCCCCACAGAUCCCAAAUUAAACUUUUGGGGCACCACAGAUCCCAAAUUUGAAUUUUGGGGGCACCAGAGAUCCCAAAUUCGAAUUUUGGGGCACCACAGAUCCCAAAUUCAAAUUUUGGGGCACCAUAGCUCCCAAAUUCAAAUUUUGGGGCCCCAUAGAUCCCAAAUCUCCAUUUACUGAAUGGACAUUUUCCCGAAUGGACAUUACAUGAAUGGACAUUACAUGUCCCAUUAGUUAACAUGCCCCUAUAAUUGACAUGUCCCAGUAGUUGACCUGUCUCAGUAAUUGACAUGUCCCAAUAGUUGACAUGUCCAUAUAGUUGACAUGUCCCUAUAGUUGACAUGUCCCUAUAGUUGACAUGUCCCAGUAGUUGACAUGUCCCCUUAAAGCGCCACGAAACCCUAGAUGUAGGCGCAAUUGCGCCUAGUUCUUUUCCUAUUUUUUUAUUUAUAGAUCAUCAAAAAGAGCAGGAAAAUGGCGGAAGCAAAUUUCAGUGAAAAUAUGGCAGUCAUUUGUGGUAUGUGCAAAGGAACUUUUACCUUGGACACUGUCGGAAUGCACGAAUGCUUUAAGGGGGCUACGGAUGCCGAGCUUAUGCUUGACGGGAACGUAAUAAAUUAUGAAGAGUUUCAAGCACCACCGAACAAUGGAGGAAAUAAUGCCAAUGAGAGAAAUGACAGUGUUCAAGCAACUGGCAUACAGUUAGAUUCGAGUGGAGUUGCGACAUAUAGCAAUCACAAUCUCAUUCAUCUGGCGGAGUUGGUACGGGAAAGCAGAUGCAUUUGGGAUUUCAGCCUACCUUUAGCUGAAAGGAGUCCUGGUAGAAUUGCAGAAAGAUGGGUCGAAAUUGCAAAAAGUUUUCCAGGUUGGAGUCCGCAAAUCACAAAAACACGCUUCGCAAAUUUAAAAGCCUCAUAUAAGAGACGAUAAAAAUCUCCAGCGAGUGGUUCCGGUGCUGUGGUGCAAAAACCUUGGGAAUUAGAGCCAUAUUUGUCUUUUACGGACGAACCUAUUGCACAGAAUAAUAGAACUACCGUGUCCAAUGUGCGACCAAGAAGAAAACAGAUCGAAGAUAUUGCGAACGAAUCGUCACAGGAAUAUUUUACUUGUCAAGACGGCAAUUCCAGUGAUGAGGAGUCAAAUAAAAAAAAUAAAGAAAAUUUUGGUUUUCCUGUAAAAAAACGUGGAGCCAAGAAGCAAAAAACAGGGAAAGAUAAUUUGGAAGCAGCGAUUUUAAAACUGGCUGAAAAUACCAGCCCUAAGGUUCCCAAGAAGGAGCUUAGUUCUAUUGAACAAUGGUGCAUGUGGCUUGCAAAGGAGAUAAACGACUUCAGCGAUAAAAAAGACAAGCUUGAAAUACAAACCCACAUUACAAACUACAUUGCGCAGAAACGCUAUGAUAGUGAUUUAUAACUCAUUGCACAAUUUUCGUGUUUUCAAUGGAUCAUUCGGCAUUUAUAAAGUUCUAUUUUUCUUUUACUAUGUUCUAAAAAUUCUAGUUACAUUUCAUAUGUAACCUGGUAAAUGAAAAGGGACCUUAGGGUCAAAAAAAUCAAAUUUACCUUUUUCGGUGCGUUGAAAAGAGAACAUCUGCUACAAAAAAAUAACCGAAAAAGAGAAAAAUGAUUUCUUUGACCCUAAGGUACCUUUUAACUUACUAGGGUCACAUAUUUAAUAUUUUUUAAUAUUCUACUUUGAAUGUUUGUGUUUUUUUCCACCGUGGUUAUUUCUGCCAAAAACGUCAGAUACUUAUAAAAAUAAGGCUUUUGUGUAAAAAGAGACUAAGAGACUUGUCCUAAUUUUAUGUUACUUUAAAUUAAUUGAAAAAAAGACUGUCACGAUAAGACUGCUAGUGUAGUUAACUAGAAAAAAAUAGAAAACUACAAAAAUCUUAAAUUAUUUCGUAUGUUUUAUAUUGAUAAAAAAUAAUGUAUAUCAUGUUAUACUGGGUGUAUAACACCCAUUAUAUUUGAUUGUAUCAAACUGUAAUAUGUCCACUCUCGCCUACGACACUCGGUACAGUAUUAUUAAGUUAGUAUUACAAUUUAACAUGAAUUUUGUAGAUUAAAAGAUUUUUAAUGUAUAUCUUAAAAAACCAAAGUACAAAUUGUAGUUCUAACUAGUCAUUCAAAACUGUAUUAAAUCUUUCUUUCGUUCUUUGUGUGUACUAUAUUGCGUUUAAGGAAA